AUGGAGGUGCAGGAGCAGGUUCACGGGCAGCCUGAGCUCCAUGCCAAUGGCUCUGUGACGGUCCGUAGUGUGUUGAGGUUCCCCACUUCCAUGUUCUCUGGUCAGAAUGUCACCUGUGUGGUGGAUCACCUGGGUCUUGAGAGGCCAGAGAGAACAGGGAUACUGCUUAGUGGACUGGAGUCCCCUGUGAUGCGUGUUUUUGUUGUGAGGCAGAGGGAAUCUCCUCUGUGGCUGGCUGUAUGCGAGUACAGAGGGGACAGGUUCGGAGCACACCUCUCUUGGGUUCUACCUGACAACGCCACAGGCCACAUCUCCUUCCGCUCUGGGUAUGAAGGAGUGAGAGUGCUAACCAACCUCACCUAUGAGUUCUCACUGGCCCUCCACGAGGGUCAGGACCUGAUCUGCCUCAUUCAAAAUCACCAUGGACUAAAGGAGAGGAGGACAGUCCAUGUCCCCAAAUACUACAUCUCAUCUGUCAGAGUACUGAAUCAAACCACUCCACUGUACAAACCUUAUGGAGACGAGUUCGUUAUACAUCGAAUGUCCCUAAAGGAGAAUUUCCACAACCAGAGGAUCCUGCUCAAAGUCUAUGGCAGUGUGCCAACUUACAGCCUUACCUGUCAGAGAAAUGACGGCACAUUGGUCCAGAUGGAUGGUCGGGCUCUGUUGUUCCAAUCAGAGGUCACGGAGCGGGAGGCGGGCCUCUACACUUGCCAAGCCUCUUUCUACCACCAUCAGGCCUCGGUCCUCAUUCAAGUGGAGGUCACCAGUGAAGAUAAACAGCUCAUGAUUGUCUUCAUCGUCUGUCUCUCCUCGGCUGCAGCCAUCACGAUCCUCCUUGUCACUCUGUGUGUUUUCUGGUCUUUAUUCAACAUUUUAAUGUUCUUUGUACCCAUCUAUCUUCUCUGGUCACUGAACUCCUGUAAGAAGCUGGAGUCGCUGGCACCCUUGACCUCUCUGACCCAGGAACUGUGCUCUCCAGAGCUGAGGAAGGGAAAGACAGUGACAGUACCAGGAGGGGGAGGCCAGGAGUACAACCAGCUGCUCAGCGACUCUAUUGUCAUUGAUGCCAGAUCCACUGUGUAA